AUGGCUAAUAAACCUGGGAAGCCCAAGUCGAAACGCACACCGGUGCGAUUACGGCAUAAGAUCGAGAAAGCUAGUGCUGCGAAGCAACGAAAACAAAGGAAGCUUGCAAAAAACAACCCAGAAUGGCGGUCACGAUUAAAGAAGGAUCCGGGCAUCCCCAAUCUCUUCCCCUACAAAGACCGCAUCCUCCACGAGAUCGAAGAGAAGAAGCGCUUGAAGGAGGAGGAAUUUCAGAGGAAGAGAGAAGAAGCAAAAGUGACAAAAGCUGCCGCAUCAGCAGACCAGAAUGUCCCAGUGGCAUCAAAUGUGGACGGCGAGGACACACUCUCAGACCUCCUCGAUGAUGAAGACAUGGACGAAGAUACGCCCAAUGACUCCGCAAACCCCAUGAGCGCCCUGCUAGCCUCUGCCAAAGCUCGAGCAGCGGAGUAUGAGCAUGGGCCAGACGAAUACGAGGACGAAAUGGACCAAGACGAUGAAACAGAAGGCGGCGCUGUCCUCACAACCGCCAGCUCCCUCCCAACCUCCGGUCCCCAAACACUCGAAUCCUCCCGCCGCGCCUUCGACAAAGUCUUCAAAUCCGUUCUUUCAACCUCAGACAUCCUCCUCUACGUCCUCGAUGCCCGCGAUCCCAACGGCACUCGCUCUCGAGAGAUAGAACGCGAAAUUACCGCCGCAGACGCCGGGUCAAAACGGCUGAUCCUCGUCCUCAACAAGAUUGACCUUGUACCUCCACCGGUGGUAAAAGCCUGGCUCGUCUACCUCCGCCGAUACUUUCCCACGCUUCCCCUUCGAGCGAAUACAUCCGCGCCCAACGCCCGCACCUUCGAUCACAAAGCUCUUACAGUAAAAGGCACAAGCGAAACACUACUCCGCGCCCUGAAAUCUUACGCCUCCUCCCAACAACUAAAACGCAGCACCACAGUCGGCAUAGUCGGCUACCCCAACGUGGGCAAAUCCUCUGUCAUCAACGCUCUGACCUCCCGCCUUUCUCGCUCAUCUUCAACUGCAUGCCCCGUAGGCGCAGAAGCUGGCGUCACAACCGCUCUGCGAGAAGUGAAGCUCGACAACAAACUAAAACUGCUCGAUUCUCCGGGUAUCGUCUUCCCCUCAUCCUCCGGCCCAGGCGCGAAUGGCGAAACCCAUCCCCAUCUCUCUUCGAAACAAAUCCAUCAAGCAAACCUAACCCUCCUCUCCGCCCUCCCGCCCUCCGCAAUCACCGACCCCAUCCCCGCCAUCACUUUGCUCCUCCACCGUCUCUCACGCUCCGAAGCCACGUUGCAGCCACUGCUAGACCAGUACGGUCUCCCACCCUCCACGCUCGUGUCGGCGGGUGCAAAUGGAGACGUCACGACGGAUUUCCUGGUCCAGGUCGCGAGGAAAAGGGGCAGGUUGGGGAAGGGGGGUGUGCCGAAUCUGCAGAGCGCGGCCAUGGGCGUGCUGAUGGAUUGGCGGGAUGGCAGGAUUAGAGGGUGGGUUGACGCGCCCAAGGAGGUUGAGGCAGGGGAAGGUGGUGCGGGUAGCAAGGAAAUUGUAAAGGAAUGGGCGGCGGAGUUCAAAUUGGAGGGGUUGUGGGGCGAUGAUGGAGCUACGGUGGCAGAGGGGGAGACGAUGAAGGAAUGA